GCCCUGCCCGAGGUUGCUCUGCAUAAGUCAUUCAUUAAACAGCCCUGCCUGCCACGCGUGGGAAGGUUCUGGGAAGGAGAUGCCGCACCUGGGCUAGGGGGCUCGGAGCUCCAAGCCCUGGGAUUAAUUUCUUCAGUGAGGUUUCACGGGAACAUGGCCUGCACAGCACUCAACUGAAGAGUAUUAGGUGGCUGUAAAACCAUGUGUUCUGCUUUUGUCUGGAAUGGACUGUACAGAGAUGGAUUUUGAUGAGGACUACCAGUCCCCAUUUGAUUUUGAUACAGGAGUGAACAAAAGCUAUCUUUACUUGUCUCCUAGUGGAAAUUUGUCUCCACCCGAAUCACCUACUCUUCAGAAAUGUGGUCUGCUGAGAACAGACUCAGUACCUGAGGAAGGAGAAGAUGUUAUUGCCACGAUUCGUGCCGCUGAGACCCUAUCGGAGGAGGAGCAGGAAGAACUAAGAAGAGAACUUGCAAAGGUAGAAGAAGAAAUCCAGACUCUGUCUCAAGUGUUAGCUGCAAAGGAGAAGCAUUUAGCAGAGAUCAAGCGGAAACUUGGGAUCAAUUCACUACAGGAACUAAAACAGAACAUCGCCAAAGGGUGGCAAGAUGUGACAGCAACAUCUGCAUACAAAAAGACAUCAGAAACCUUAACUCAGGCUGGACAGAAGGCUUCAGCUGCUUUCUCAUCUGUUGGAUCAGUCAUCACCAAAAAGCUGGAAGACGUAAAAUUGCAAGCCUUUUCACAUUCCUUUAGUAUACGCUCCAUUCAGCAUUCAAUUAGCAUGCCUGCUAUGAGAAACUCCCCAACUUUCAAAUCAUUUGAAGAGAAGGUUGAAAACUUAAAGUCUAAAGUAGGGGGAACCAAGCCUGCUGGUGGUGAUUUUGGAGAAGUUUUGAAUUCAACUGCAAAUGCUAGUGCCACCACCACGGAGCCUCUUCCAGAACAGACACAAGAGACCCCGUGAGAUUCCUACCUUUGUUCUGCUACCCACUGCCAGAUGCUGCAAACGAGAUCCAAGCACAUCUUGUCAACAUUCAUUACCAUGAAUUUCCACCAGAUGUGCUUUUAUUUAGCUUUACAUGUUCCUUUGACCAAAUAGUUUGUGGGUUGUACAAAAUAAAAAUAUCUGCACCUCUACUCCUGGGAAACAUCCUUUAAUGUGCAUUUAAGGCUCUUUAUUUAGGAAACACUAUUAUAAAAACACAUGUAGUACCCGGGGACCCUCAUUGGAAUGAUUUGAGAAGCUGCAGGUUAUAAUUUCUUUCCUACUUUACCAAACUGUUCUGGAUGUGGGAUGCCAGUUUGAUCUUUGUCUUCUAUAUGGUUUUCUUUUUUUCCUCUUUGAAUCUCUGUAUAUUUAAUUCCUAAGGAAAAUUCGUCUUAAAUUUUCUGAAUCUUAGCUAUUAAAAGUUUGGAAUAAUUUUCUUUGUUUCCAAGGGAAGAACUACCAGCUACAAAAAUGUUUUUUACUAAACAUUUUUUUGGCAUAAGGUAUCUUAUAUUUUGGGUGUCUGAAGCAACCAGACUAAGUAAAUCACCUCUACAAACAAUUUGUUACAGUUUUAUAAGUGACAGUACAUAUAGUAACUCAAACUCUUAGGUGACUUGAGAAUGGAGUUCUCAUAUCCUUGUUUAUUAAUAUAUAUGACAGUAACCGUUUCAGUGUAUUGGUUAUGAUGUCACUUACAUCAAGUUACUUUUCACCAAAUUCAGUUUUUAGUUUCAGAGUAAAUUGCAAAAUAAUUUUCUGAUUCAAGCAUAUUUUAUUAUGUGUAGGUUGAAAUAUAAGCACUCUCAUCAAAUGCUGAGUUCAAAAGCUUGAAAGUUUUUUUGGUUUAGGUAGCUAUAAAAAUGCUGGGGAUACAUUGCUGUCUUCAUUUAAUUCAUUUAGUACCAUUUAAAAUAAGCACACAAAGUUAUAUGACUAAUGUAACUUGAAAGGUUUUAUACCAAGGGGUUGGUGAUACCUGCUGAAGAUUAUAUGCAUUAAUAAAAGUCAACUUUUGGUUUACUACUUACUUGUUUUCAGUGUGUUAGAAAUUAUAAAAUGACAAUGUAGACAUUGCCCCUACCUUGAAAACAGUGUCCAGGCUGAAUGAACCAAAGCCUCUGGAAGCGUCUGAAUGGAGGUCGAGGUACUCUAUUAAUUCUAAUACUACUUACUCAUCACCACUACCUUUUCCUUAUGCUGUGUGUGGUUAUGGCUUACAAUGUUGUGUUUGUUAUUUAUCAAGUUGUGAUUUGUUCUAUUAUUGUCUAUGCCAAAUGUUAAUUGCCAAGCGUGGAGUGACCUAAAGCAUUGUUUAAAAGCAUGAUUUAGCUUUACUUUGGGAUAAUAUAUCUUAUGAAAACCAAAUCUGAAAAAUCACAAGUUUUGAUUGUUGUAAAAUAACAUGUCGCCACUCUAGAUUGCUAGAGCUUUGUCAGCACUUCAGAUGCAACUGAAACUAUGUUCUAUUACAUGUGAAAAGCUUAAUAAAUUCUGUAUAUCAGUAGUAUAGGUCUCAAUAUUUAUUAUGAGACCAGUGGUCUGAAAAGCUUGUUAUAUUAAAUAGUCAACUGGGGUCUAUACUAAAAAGAAAAAAAUGGCAGUUUUUUACUAUCUACUUUAAAUCACUGCUAAUGGUGUCAGACUAACAUAUAAAUUAUCUUCUCGAAAAGGCUUUAAAAUGCAAGGGUUGUUGAAGCAUUGUUUCCAAGAAGUGGAUCUGUAAAAAUAUGUCUUCUUAUGGAAAUACUGUGGUUAUUCAACAUAACUGUUAAAAGAACUAGUCUUUCACAUUUUUCUAUCACAUCUUUUUAUCACACUGUUUCUUGGAUCCUGCCCUGUUACUUACUAUCUUUUCAACAAGGCAAAAUGGAGUAAGUUGGCAAUUUCUUUAGUUGAAUGAAAUAUCCUCAAAUCUCUUUAUUUUAUGGGAAAAAAUGAUAGAAAUAGGGGUGGAAACUGGGAUGGAAAUAUGAGGGUUUUGGCAAUGGUUGAGGAGGAGAAAUUGGAUAAUCACUUUUCCAAACAUGUACCCACAGUUAAUCUAAAUGUGAUUUAAAUUGAUUGCAAAUAUUCUGCUUCUUAAGUAGUAAAAAGUAGAGGGAGGCUGAAUUUAGAAAAAUUAACAUAAAGACUUAGACAUAUUAUUCAAAAUGGUCUUUGUGGAAGUUUCAACUUUAUGAAUUAUGAAUUCACGGAUAUUUAAGAAAUUUGAAACACAGUCAUUACUGAGAACAACAGAGAGAGGUCCUGGUCACUGUGUUGUUUUGUGUUUGGCACUGUAAGAAAACAGCAACAUGAGAGUGAAAUCUCAGAUGAUGAAAGAUUAAAGUAGUGUGAUAGAAGAAAAUAAUCCCUGAAACUAUCCCCUUUUUACAAAGGUAUGCCCUUAAUUUGCGGACUUUGUGGGAAAUGGAGUAAAUUAUGUUUAUGAGGCCAAUUAAUCAAUGGAAGAGAGUAGAACUCCUUGGAUUUCAUUUUAGUAACUCAGAGAAACUAUUGAAAUAGAGAAAAAACACAUUUAAUUUGAAAUCACUAUUUCUGGAUCUGUUAAUCAAGAAAUGGACACUGUACUUUUUUUGUAUAGUACUUGAAAACAAUAAAAGUUCUAUAAUUUG